UCUCUCUCUCUCUCUCCCUCGCUUUACGAAAGAUCUGCUUGCAAUUCCUGCCUGCUCUCUCCGUGCCAGAGCCUGCAGCUGUCUCUCUCUGGUGCGUCGCGUCCUGGAAAUCGUCGAACCGACAGCAACAGACUAUCCCCCCCCCUCUUGUUGUGAAGUGCGUCAGCGCAGAAACCUGAAGGAUAUCACAACUUUACAAACAAUUUCCCAGCACAGUUUAGUUUCGGAAGGCUGAAUGGAGACACCUGACAGCGCAGCGUAUCUGCGUGUUGUACUGAGAUCUUUGCAGCUGUGAAGAGCUACAGGAAUGUGGAAUACAAGUCUAUCUCAGCGGACCUGCCUCUGCCCCUGACGCCAUGACCACGGACCUGAACCUGACCACCCUGCUGAAUGUCACGGACCUCCACAACCACACGAGAGGAUGCUCCCUCACCAAGACGGGCUUCCAGUUCUACUACCUGCCCACCGUCUACAUCAUGGUCUUCAUCACGGGGCUGGUGGGCAACAGCCUGGCCAUCUGGAUGUUCGUGUGCCACAUGAGGCCGUGGAGCAGCAUCUCCGUCUACAUGUUCAACCUGGCGCUGGCCGACUUCUGCUACGUCCUCUCGCUGCCCUUCCUCAUCUUCUACUAUUUCAACAAAACCGACUGGAUAUUCGGCGACAUCCUGUGCCGCCUGCAGCGUUUCAUAUUCCACGUGAACCUCUAUGGGAGUAUCCUGUUCCUGACCUGCAUCAGCGUGCACAGGUACACCGGGGUGGUGCACCCGCUCAAGUCUCUGGGCAGGCUGAAGAAGAAGAACGCGGUGAUUACCAGCGCGUUGGUGUGGGUCGUGGUCGUUAUCGCCAUCUCCCCCAUCCUGUAUUACUCCAGGACUGGCUUGAAGCGUAACGCGACCACUUGUUACGACACCACCACCGAGGACGAGCUGCCCGGUUACUUCAUCUACAGCAUGACUUUGACCGUGUUCGGCUUCUGCAUCCCGUUCAUCAUCAUAUUUUGCUGCUACUGCAUGAUCGUCAAGGCGUUGCUCUUCAACGACAUGAACAACGCGCCGCUGCGGCAGAAAUCCAUCCACCUGGUCAUCAUAGUGCUGGCGGUUUUCGCCGUCUCCUACCUGCCCUUCCACGUCAUGAAGAACCUCAACAUGAGGGCCAGGCUGUACUUCCAGGGCCCCGACAUGUGCGAGUUUAACAACCGCGUCUACGCCACCUACCAGGUGACGCGGGGGCUCGCCAGCCUCAACAGCUGCGUGGAUCCUGUUCUUUACUUCCUGGCGGGAGAUACGUUCCGGAGGAAGCUGUCGCGGGCCACUAAGAAGCCCUCGAGGAAGGGGGACAACACCCUCCAGUCCAAGAGCGAGGAGACGGCGCUCAACAGCCUGGCUGAGUACGUGGAGAACGGGGACCGGAGGCUGUGACUGGGUGGAUCUCUGUUGGCUUUAGAUGGACUUUGUAUCGAAUCAAUAAAUGCACUGUGUGGACUGUGUAAAACUAAAUGGUUUAUAGAAGUGUAGGAUACAUUUAACCCUGUGAUAACCAUCGCUGCAGCCUGUCGAUGUCGAUAAGCUAUCGUACUGUAUCGUCCCGUAUUGUACUCUAAAUGUAGUCUGAGUAGUCGGUGUCGCUCACACUUCGGACAAAAUUAACAUUAUGAUCGGGCGAGCUUGGGGGAAAUGGGUUUCCCUACAAGCUCUAAUGCCCCGUUCAUCAAUUUGUUCUAGAAAAAAAUAGAACAGAGAAGGGAGUGCACCUCCUUUAACCACAGAGCUGAUGCUUAAUCAAUAGCUAUUAAGCAGGUGAGAGCUCGUGGGUUAGGGAAGCGUAUACCUGCGAUGGCUUUUUAGAAGCAAAAGUAAAUGCACUGAACCUGAGAUUUGCUGCAUGGAUGUGCCGUGCAGACGUUGUUAUGCACUAUGACCGGGGACUCUCUGCUCAGAGGGCUCACCCAUCACUCCUCAUUUCUUUCUCCAUCUGUUACUGACUGGGCGAAGGAACGAGGUCGACUAGUUUUUCAUUUUGACAGCUCCGAGGUUGAGGUCUGCGACGGCUCUGUUACCCCGAUCCACGAUUCUCCCCUUUGUUAACUUGUUCCUUACAGAAAAAAAGAUAACAGUAUUUUUUUGUGUGUGAUGAAUGUUUUUUUUGGGCUGUACAGGAUGUUGUUGUGACGUUCCAGAUUAGUUUGUGCUGUUUUUUGUUCAAGUCACUAAUCCAGACCUUUUUAGUGGUGCAUGAGUCCAGUAUCAAAUCCCAUCAGUGAAACACUGACUAACCGCAGCCAGGUUCUAACUAUUGUAAUGCAACAUAGAGGAUAAAUAAUGUCUCUUGAAUAAUAGGGGUGGGAAAAAAAAAAACGAUUCACCUAUGUAUUUUUUACGAUUUUGAAAUAGAUUUUUUUAAUGCCAGAAUCAAUAUAUUUGCUUCAUUUGAGUCUAUGCGGAGUUAGAAGGAAGUUACCGCUUUUAUUGUUGCAGUCUGAGUAACGUGACGUCAUAUCCGUAUCCGUCAACCAAAACAAACCGCAGCCGGCUGCAACGAGAUACGACCUGAACCCUCACAUGUUAAAGCCAAAGUGUAAACACUAUAAGUAUGGUAAAACUUUGGGUUUCACACAUUGCUAGGAAAAGCAGAGCUAGAUAUCAUGGCUAAAGCUGCAUACUAACUCUGUCAUGGACAGGAAACGUUAUCGUAUUGCGGUAACGUGCGGUCAAAACAACCGUCACUCGCAUCUCCGUGGUCAAAUCAACUGUAGCGCACCCAUAUACUGACAUUUAUGUUAAAUGCAUUCCAACGGCCACGAUGGAGCUGACUAUGGGUGUAUAAAGAGAAUGGAGCUAACGGUAAGAGCUAGCGACGGACUUGGCGAAAUUAGCGGAAGUAUACACGUGUGACUACGUCCAGUUUUCAAAAUAAGGUGUUAACAAAAGGAACUGUAUAUAAGAAUAUUAAUUGGAUUAUAUUCACCAGAAGUAUAAAACAUUAUGUGCCCCUUAAAAAUGUAAUAAAUAAUGCCUGACAAUGACUGAUAUGACUUCAGGACAUCUCUGACUACAUACGUGCUUUGUAUUGUAUUAAUUUGGAUCUUUUACAAAGUAAAAGUCCCUAGAAGUGUAUGAUUCAACUUUUUUUCCGAUGGUUUAGUGUUAAAAAAGUUAGCAAAAAUCGCAAUAACAUCGAAUCGCAAAUACUUGUUCGAAUCGCAAUACUUAAAAAUUGCAAUACAUAUCGAAUCGCACCCGAGUAUCGUGAUACUCGGGAGAUAGGUGUAUCGUCCCAGCCCUAUUAAAUAACAGACACACACACAUACACACUCAAUCACCUGCUUUGUGACUCCAACGUACUGAAGACUUGUUUGUAUGAGAUACCUCAAAGUAAAUACUGCACUGUGUCCUGUGUUUUUGGCAGAUAAUCAUUCAUUUCUCUAUUGCAUCUGUAUUAGUCACUCUGGAGAAAUGACUGUGGAGUGUAAUAUUUCAACCCUGGACUACGUAGGUGUUUGAUGUCUGUACUAAUAAUGCCUUUGUAAAUCUGUUAUGUGGUCAGCUGUGUGUCAAGAAAGGAAGUGAGUCACCUGUACAGGAUAUUUGGGGCCACGUGUAUCUUUGUCAAUAAAUUUUUGAUAUUUAAAAACAUGCCAGAAA